AUGUCCUCCGCCAACACCCCCGGGCAACACCCUCCUACGUGGUCGCUCGACUUCGGACCCCGACACACCCGCCCGCCAGCCCCCCAACAGCCGACCCGUCAUCUCGCCCAUGUCUACCCUCACCAACCCAUGUCCCUCUCCGGCAUCUCUCUUCGAGCCUUCCUCCUCGGAGCCGCCUUCUCGCUGGGCCUCCUGUCCGCCGUGCUUGUCCUCGCGCUCACGUCCUCGCCCCUCUGGCGCAUCCCCUUCUUCCUCGCCUGCCUGUCCCUCUUCCACUUCCUCGAGUUCUGGAGCACCGCGCGCCGCAACACCCCCGAGGCCACUGUCAACGCCUUCCUCCUCACUGCCAACUGGCCCGCGUACCCGGUCGCCCACGCCGCCGCCGUCCUGGAGUGCCUGGCCACCUGCCUGCUGUUCCCCGGCCGGCGCUGGGCGGCCCCCCCGGUGGACAAGGCCCUCCUCGCGGCCGGGCUGGGCAUGGUCGUGGCGGGGCAGGCCGUGCGCUCCGUGGCCAUGCUGCAUGCCGGGGCGAGCUUCAACCACACCGUGCAGACGAAAAAGGCGGACUCGCAUAGGCUGGUCACGACGGGCGUCUACGGUGUGCUGCGGCAUCCUGGCUACUUUGGCUUCUUCUACUGGGGCUUGGGGACCCAGCUGGUUCUGGGGAAUGUGCUCUGCUUCGCGGGGUAUAGUUAUGUCCUGCACAAGUUUUUCAGCAGUCGAGUCGCGGUGGAGGAGAGGAAGCUGGUGGAGUUUUUCGGAGACGAGUAUGUCGAGUACCGGCGGAGGGUUGGUACCAUGAUACCGUUUGUAGGAUGA